AUGAAGCAAUUUACCUCUCAAGUCCUCGGGGCUGUCGCUCUCGUUCAUGACGCCUCAGCACAACUUUACAACCAAGUAAUUCAAACCAACUAUGGACUUGUUCAAGGUAUCCCAGCCUUUAACUCUACCCCCAAUGGUAACCUUUCAAAUUGGAAAGACAUUACCGUCUGGAAAGGUAUUCCAUAUGGUGCCGAUACAUCAGGUGUAAAUCGUUGGACACCUAAGAACGCAACUCCUUGGAACACUACCUUCCAAGCAAACAAGAUGGGACCUAUUUUUGGACCAGGUCAACCAUCUACAACCGGUGGUACUGUUAGCGAAGACUGUUUGAACCUCAACAUCUGGAGCAACGGUAAAUCAACCAAUGCUAAGCUUCCUGUUGUUCUCUGGUCUUUCCCAGCAGGAAGUGCUGCAGAUCAGCCUUUAUUUGAUGGGGCGGGUAUGGCAGACCAAGGAGUUGUCUUCGUCAACUACAAUUACCGUAUUAGUGCGCUUAGUUGGCUCUCAACUGCAGAACUUUCACAGGAGAUGUACGAAACUACCGGGUCUAACAGCUCUGGAAACUGGGGUCAACUUGAUCAGUUCCACGCUUUGAAAUGGGUACACGCUAACAUUGCCGCGUUUAGUGGUAAUCCUGACCACAUCACCGUCAUGGGUCAAUCUGCUGGUUCAGCUGCCGUCUACCACUUCGUCAACAGCCCGUUGACCAAGGGACUCAUUGUUGGUGCCAUUGCGGAGUCAGGAACCCGUGAUUCAUACAAUCCCGAAGCUCUUACUCUUGCCGAAAACUACCGCACCCAAUCUACAGCUCUUCAAUCCGGCGUGGAGUACAUGGCUUCCAAGAAUGUUAGCACCAUCGCCGAGAUGCGUGCUCUCCCUCUUGCCGAUGUUGAAGAAUCUCUCUUUGGAUGUACUUUCUCGGAUGCCUUCGAUGAAUCUGGAGCAGCCACAAGCACCAACCUUACCGUCGCUGAAUACGAGGCUGAAAUGGCAUCCCAGUAUGAUGCUUCCAACCUCACAUCCACCUUCUUGGAACUUUACCCCGCCGGCGACAACUCCACCCAUGCAUCCAUGGCCUUCAACGCCCACUGGCGCGACACCUCCCGUGUCUCCGUCUGGUCCGUCAAAUCCAAAUCUCCAAUCUGGUCCUACCUAUGGGACCAUGCGCCACCCGGCCAGACCCAAGGAGCCUAUCACGAAUCACAAAUCAACUACGUGCUCAACAAUCUCUACGGAACCGAUAAACCAUGGGAAGCCGUCGAUUAUGAAAUCGCCCUCAAGAUGAAUGGAUACUGGGCCAAUUUUGCCAAGACGGGUAAUCCCAACAAUGGUGUUUCUUACCGAGAAAAUGGAUCGCUUCCUCAGUGGGAGGUUAACUCUGCAACUGAUAAGUUGACGCUGGAACUUGGUGAUGGGUUUGGUACGCAACCUAUUGCCAGUGAUGCGCAGAUUGAGGCGAUUACUAGCUACUUUUCUUAUCAGACUCCGGUUUAA